AUGCGUGGGAGAGGAGGGGACUGGGCUUUGACCACUAUUUUAAUGCGGAUUCGGAAAUUCCGCCUCCUUUUCAAACUGCCCCCCUUCGCUGUGAUUGGCCGCUCUCUACCACGUGACCAACGGCCGCGGGAAGCCCACAGCCACGCGCGUGAGCUCCACUUCAUCCUCCAGCGCGACACAACAUCGAAACUUUACCCCAAACAAGAGCGGCUUUCCCCGCUGAUACGGACCAGCGCGAACCGAGGAAAGCACCACUCAACCUGGAUCUAUCCCAGCAGGUUCUCCACACUGCUCCCUCGGGCUCUGAACUCUUUCUGUCCCAGAAGAGACGUAUUUUCCCCGGGUUUGACGAGCGGAGACGGGCCACUGUCUCAGAUGGGCGUGUAUUUUCUACAGUUUUGCUGA